AUGCCUGCCUACGCCAUGUCAAACGCCAUGUCCAACAAGUUCCCAAAUUCCGAGACCGACAGCGACGGACAGGAUCCAACUCCUCUUUUGCAUGGCUUGCACUUGACCCAGCCUAUCGCUUCCACUUAUACCAAUGCCAUGAGCAGCGCGCUGAUAUCUCGUGGACGAUCAACUCUGGCCCCGUUCCCGGAUGCCAUCUCCAUGCUCACGCUCACGCCCGACUACCUGUCCACCGGCACCCCAAGACUGGUGGUAAUAUGGAGGAGGUGCUGCCAGUGCGGCAAUUUGGCCAAUCCCAUUCUAGCGCCGGAGAAAUGCUCUAUUUGCUCGCAUUCGGAGUGUGGCUUUUGCACCACAGAGAAUGUUCCCGCAUAG